UGGGGCUCUCCAGGGAAUCCUUUCACUCUGGUGGUGACCAUGGGAAAGAAAGUAGCUGUCGUGCUGGCUGGCUGUGGGGUGUACGAUGGGAGUGAGAUCCAUGAGUCUUCUGCUGUGCUGGUGCAUCUCAGCAGGGAGGGGGCACAGGCAGAGAUUUAUGCUCCUGAUAUGGACCAGAUGCAUGUCGUGGAUCAUAUAAAAGGACAGCCAACCCAGGAGAAGCGCAAUGUGCUAGUUGAAAGUGCCAGAAUAGCCAGAGGCAACAUCAAGGAUCUAGCUAAGCUGGAUAUCAAGGGACUGGAUGCCCUUAUCAUACCAGGUGGCUUUGGAGUGGCUAAAAACCUGAGUACUUGGGCCACCCAAGGGAAGAACUGCAUAGUCUCCAAAGAAGUGGAGGACAUACUGAAGGCAUUCCAUGCUGCCAAAAAGCCCAUUGGAUUGUGCUGCAUUUCCCCAGUACUGGCAGCCAAAAUCUUCCCAGGCUGUGAGCUGACUGUGGGUCAUGACACAGAAUGUGAGAAAUGGCCUUAUGCAAAGACUGCUGAGACUAUGAAGGAACUCGGUUGCAAGCAUGUGAACAAACAUGUCACUGAGAUUCAUGUGGAUGUGAAGAACAAGCUCGUGACCACCAGUGCUUUCAUGUGUAACGCCCCCAUUCAUGAAAUCUUUGACGGUGUUGGAAAAAUGGUCAAAGAAGUGGUCAGACUUGCCUGAAUGCCACAAAGCUGAAGGAUCCAACUCUUUCGGAGUGCAGGCACUGAGCAUAAGAUAAUGCCCUUCCCCCUUUACAUCCACAAGUCAAUAGGAAAAUUGCUACUCAAAUGGAGUUCUUUCCCCAACUGAAUCAUUGCUGGCUGCUGAGAAGGGAGAACGCUGGAGCAAUGUAAGCAUUGCCAUGCCUUAUCAAGGUCACGUUGCUUACAUACUGACCACAAAAUGGCAGUAAUUGGAGUGCUGAUGUGCAUAAAGCUGACAUGCAGAUGCCAGUCCUCCACAGGGCUGAGAUACAGCCAUAGACUUUGGUUGUGAGUAGUAGAGGAGUUGCCUGGGUCAUUUCAGUCAUGACUGGGCUGACCUGAUCUACGCAUAUCAUGUGUAAACCAGAAAUUGCCCCUUUACAAAUACUUUUCAAAUUACUCUCUGUUGGUUCAAAGCUCCCCCUAUUCUACCACCUCACAGAAUAGAUGUGCUUAGUGGCCAAAGAAAGGAACAUGAUUCUACUACUGAAUAAAAGUA